GCGAACGGUGCGAACUAUGUGAAUUGUCCGGCCGGUUCGGCGUUCACCGACCUAAGUCGACUCCACUGAACGCCUGCAGACGCUAAAAUAUUAAACGCGUGCUUUCACGCGUGUGUGGAUUUUUAUACUCUUGUGGAUGACAUUAAUCAUAUAAUGGAAGAAAAAUGUAUCAGGAAAACGUUCGCAUAUCUUUUAGUGUGACACACAUGCGUAUGUUUCCCUAUCAUCGCAAUCUAUGACAUAAUGGGAGUACACGGCUUGUGGAAGUUGCUCGAAGCAUCCGGAAAGUCGGUACCCUUAGAAAGCCUCGAGGGCAAGGUCUUAGCAAUCGAUAUAUCGAUAUGGAUAUAUCAAGUGUUGCAAGGAUACCAAGAUUGUCAUGGAGUUUCUAGACCUAACGCUCAUUUGCUUGGAUUAUUCACUAGGAUAUGCAAACUUCUGUAUUACAAAAUUAAGCCCGUUUUUGUCUUUGAUGGAGGAGUACCCAUGCUCAAGAAAAGUACAAUUGCCUCGCGCAGGAAGCAGAAAUCUAUUGCCAUGAGUAAGGCGCAGAAAAUGAAGGCGGAUUUGAUUAAUAACUUGAUAAAGCACAGAGUUGUAAAAACUGUUCUUAAUAAAGAUUCCAAGGAUCAAACUAGUAAAGCGAUACAAAUAAAUACGCAAACCAACGAAGAUAUGUUUGUUCUACCUGAUAUGCCUAGUAUUAGCAACUCGCAAAGUUACGUUGAUGACGAUCCCCCUGUCGACGAAGAGGAUUCCGAUUCCCCUGUCGAACUAAGUCCACGAAAACAAUCCAAAUGGAUGGGAAACAUACAUAAUGUUGACGUAACCAGUAACGAAUUUAAAGCAUUACCUGCAGAUGUCCGUUAUGACAUACUCACAGACCUUAAAGAAACGAGAAAACAAAAUUCCUGGGGUCGUUUAUAUGAAAUGCCUCAAGAAUCACAAGAGUUCUCAGGCUUCCAGUUGAAACGUUUACUUAAACGUAGACAUGUGCAAACAUCUUUAGAAUCCGCUGAAAAGGAAAUGGGUGGAAAGACACUUACAUUGGAAGAGUUGGACAAGUUACUGACUGAACAAGGUGUUGAUACAAAGAGUAGAGACGCAGCUUUUCGAGUAGCCAUGGAUAGCACAACCAGAUUGAUUUAUAUGAAUGACAAAAACGCGUUAGCAAAAAAAUCUGUUACAAACGAAACAGAGCCGAACAAAAGUGAUACAUUACAGACUGUAAAUGAAGAAAUUGAACCUGUUGCUGGUCCAAGUAAUCCUAUGUCAAUCGUAGAAAAUAUUAAUGAGUAUGAAUUAAACGAUUCCGAUAGUGAGAACAAUGUAUCAAUCUAUGAUAAUGCUCUAUCCAUUGUAGAAAACAUAAAUGAAUACACAUUUGAUAGUGAUUGGGAAUCUGAAAAUGAUAUAAACGAAUCAUUGACAUUAAUGGAGAAAAAUAUGAUAAAUCCUGCAUUAACAUACAUGUUAGAAUAUAGCGGUUUGUCCCAGAAUCAAAUUGUGCAACUUAUUAAACAUAAUAAGGAUGAAAAUCGCAAGACGGUAAGCAAAAACAUUAAAGAUACCAUAAAAAGAGAUAUUUAUCCAGAAUUAGUAAAGCCAGAUGAUAAAUCGAUAUUAACAUUUCCUGAAAAUUAUGAGCAAGUUUUGAAAUCCGUAGAAUCACAAAGUAUGAAAGACGCAUGCAUACCUAAAGAGAAUAUGGCCGAUGAAUUAAUUUCAAGUAGUCCAGAAUCGGAUAAUCUCACUCAAGUUAAACCAUUGGAGAAUAAUAAUGUCAAGACUUCAAAUAUUACUAUUACAUCUGAUGUUUCAAGUUUGGACAAAGGAAUAAUAUCUGACAAACAUUCUCUUGCCCCAAAAUCUAACGAUGUAAUACGAAUAGAUAUAUCUGAAUCCGAUUCCGACGAUUUCAUUGAAAUUCAAGAUGUUCCGAUACAUGAUAUGAAUAUUUCAAGAAAUACUACGAAGAAAAAAGAUAUCGAGAUAACUUUCAAAAUUGAUAAAAAAUUAGAAGAUGAUAUAUUUGCUGAUAUAUUUAGAAAAGUGAAUAAAGAGAAAGUUAUAUCAGUGAAUCCAGAGCGAGAACAACUUGUUGAUAUGAUAAAUGAAGAACAGCAAACACAAUUAAUUUCUGAAAACAGUAGUGAAGAUAAUCUUAUCUUAGAUUCUAUACAUGAAGAAUCAAUCAGGGAAAAAACGAAAACUAAAUUGCCAAAAAAUAUUGAAUUAAACAAGAAUAUACUGGAUGACGAAAACAUAAUAUGUGACAGCGAAAACUCGAGUAAGUCGAUCGAACAUAGUACGGAUACGCCUACUCACGAUAAUCUUUUAGAUGAAUGUAUACAGAAAAAACCACAAGUGUUACCUACUAAUAAAGAAGAUUUGAUAGAAUUGGAAGGACAAUUAGAAGAUCAGCAGGAAGAACUUGCGAGAGACAUUAACAAAUUCGAGAGACAAGCUACUAAUAUUUCUGAGCAAAUAAAAACCGAUGCACAGGAUCUAUUACGUUUAUUCGGAAUACCAUACAUAAUAGCUCCCAUGGAAGCGGAAGCACAGUGUGCAUAUUUGGAACAGAUUAAACUAAUCGACGGCACAAUUACAGAUGAUUCCGAUAUCUGGCUUUUUGGAGGUCAAUGCGUAUAUAAGAAUUUUUUCAAUCACAACAAAAGAAUGUUGCGAUUUCGUGCCUGUGAUAUUCAACAUCAUUUUAAACUUAACCGCAAUCAAUUGAUACAAUUGGCCCUUUUGGUUGGUAGUGAUUAUACCACGGGAGUGACUGGCGUUGGACCAGUUACUGCGCUAGAAAUAUUAGCUGCGUUUCCUGCCGAUGGAGAUAACGUAUUACAUGGGUUACAUAAUUUUUGUUCAUGGAUAAAGAAGGGAAUGUUUGUUGCUCCUGGGAAAACAGGCUUACGCAAUAAAUUGCAAAGCCUGAAAUUGAACAAAGAUUUCCCAAAUCAAGCAGUUGUCCAAGCGUAUCUUUUUCCUACGGUUGACGAGUCGAAAGAAACUUUUACCUGGGACAAGCCGAACUUUGUACUUCUCUGCGACUAUGCCAGGCAGAAAUUUGGAUGGACAAAGGACAAGUUCGAUAAUAUAAUGAUACCGGUAUUGAGGAGAAUGAAAGAAAACAAGAAUCAAAAGUUAUUAGAUAUGUACUUGAAAGCGAAAGCGUCUCCGUGCUCGAUUGAAUCAAGCUUAAGUAAAAGAGUACAGAAGGCUUUACACAGAUUGAAUAGUGACGAUGUAGAGACGGAUAGCAAUAUAAAUGGCAAACGAUUUAAGAAAAGUAAAAAAGAUGAUGCUGUCCAAAAAUCGAAUAAAGAAAAGAAUUCAGAAUUUGAAUUUACUGAACUUGAGACACCGACUGAUAAGAUUAAAAAUGCUAUUCAUGAAAGAGAGAGACCUACUCAAAUCAUUGAUAAAGAGAAAUACAAGGAAUAUAUACCGCAACGAGAGAAAGAUAAGAAAAGCGCAUUAGAAAGGAAAUUGCACGCUAUAGAAAUAUUUAGGAAAUCAAAACAAGGCUUAAGCAAAACGAGAAAGGUAAAAUACAAAAUACGAAAAGUUAAGGAACAUGCAGAAUUAUCGGAAAGUGAUAGCAAUUGAUAAAAGAGAAAAAUGUACAUUUUUAUCAGACUGUAUUACACGCUUUUUUGAAAGAUGUUACUUAAGUGGUAUGUUGUGCGAGCGCUCACUUAUGUGUAUACAUGCGCGCGUGUGUCCUUAUUGUAAAUGUAAAAUAUUUAUUCACAUCAGCUCUAUAAUAAUGGCGUAGCUAUAUAGGCUAAGAAUUUUGUAAAUUUUUCUCCAUAAUUUAAUGAUUAUGUUUCCAUUUUUUAUACAAGUUGAAACGUUAUUCUAUUUUGUUUGACAUUCAGAGAAUACAAAAUAGAAAGACAUUUUUGUCGAUUUGUGCCGCCUUCUUCCUCGUUAAUGGCUCCCGCGGUGACACGCCACGAUACGGCCAGUAUCUAAUGUAGUGACGGUAGUAGAGGUGAUAGAAUCUCAAGGAAUAGAGCACGCUCCGCGCACACUCUCGAAGGAGGGGCACCGGUGAGUGAGUGGUCUAGCUAUAUUUGUAUAUUCGCAGACCGGAGGAAAGCCAAUAAGAGUCGGCAUAGUUUUGGAGUAGGAUUAAUCAUGAAAGGCAUGAAAAAAUAUCAUUGUUGGAUUCGAAGAAUUUAU